AUGCGACAGUACCCCCAGCAUUGGGACACCUGGAAGUUUAGCAGGCAACCUUUUCUGUUCAUUGCCAAAACAAAGCUGCACUGGUUAAUUUCUGUAUGUCCUACUGUUGCUCGAAGCGCAGAAGCAGAACGAGCAAACAACAAGUUUGUUCUUGCUUCUGCUGAGGUAGCAGUCAUGAAGCUUAUCUGGUUCCCAGUAAUACUUCCAUAUUUUUCCUUUGUUGCAGCUAAUUUUGAAAACACAGGAGGAGCUACUGUGAACGGUGAUAUUUUUCAGGAAUCCAAUGGACCUACAGAUGCCUAUGCAGCCAUUGCCAGAGCUGACCGGCUGACGCAGGAGCCUGAGAGCAUUCGCAAAUGGCGAGAGGAACAGAAAAAGAGACUGCAAGAACUGGAUGCUGCUUCUAAGGUGUUAGAACAGGAAUGGCGUGAAAAGGCUAAGAAGGACUUGGAGGAAUGGAACAUAAGGCAGAAUGAACAAAUGGAGAGGAACCAGGCCAAUAACAGAGCCUCAGAGGAAGCCUUCCUAAAGGAGUCCAAGGAAGAGACGGCUGGCACUGAAUGGGAGAAGGUGGCCCAACUCUGCGACUUCAAUCCCAAGAGCAGCAAGCAGUCCAAGGAUGUCUCACGCAUGCGCUCAGUGUUGAUCUCCCUCAAACAGAUCCCUCUGGCCCGCUAACCUAGCUGAAAAGAGGCCGGGGCUGGAGAGAGGGUGCUGGUGGCUCUUUUGCCAGCAGGUUUAGCAGCAGCACCACAGGCUUAGAAGGCCACCAGAAUGAGGGAACAAAAGCAUCCUGCCCCUGCCUCUUCCUCUCUUCUCAGUAUGUUCCUGUCACUUAGAUUGGGUGGCUGCCUGUAACCCUCCCCUUGAAUUUACUUUGCUUAAAGGGUGCACUGAUAUCUUUUUACACA